AUGUCUGACGAAGUUCCAGAAGUCAAAGUUCCAAGAGCCAGACGUUUUAUCAAGCAGCCUGAUGCUAAGGCUAAGAACGCGAAGAUUUCCGAGCUCAACAAGGACCUCGACAAGUUCAACAAGGAGAUCGAAGCUCUGAACAAGCAGAUUGAAAUUACCGUGACGCCACAAGAUGUUCAGGACGAGAGAAAGAAGUUGAACACCGAGCUGAGUGCGGUCAUUAAGCAACAGUCUGAGAUCAAGAACAAGAGAAACUUGUUGGGUGAGCAGAUUAGAGCUAUUGAUAGCCAAUUGAAAAAGAAGAUUAGUGAUUUGCAGGCCCAGACCUCCAAGAACAGCUUCAAGAACGUCGAGGAGAUUGACAAGAAAAUCAACCAACUUGAGGAUUUGAUUGGCUCUGGAUCUUUGAAGCUGGUUGACGAGAGAAGAUACGUCAAGGAGAUUUCUUCUUUGAGAAAGCUCAAGAAAGACUUUGGUUCUACGGAGCAGCUGCAAAAGUCUGUUGACAACGACAAGCUCAAGAUCCAGGACUUGAAGAAGAAACAGGCUGCUAUCUCUAACAAGGAGGUUCAAGCUCAGUUCGAGACUAUCACCAAGCAGUUGGACACUUUGAGCCUGAAGAACAAGGGUGUUCAAGACAAGAGAAAGGUGCUCUUUGACAAGAGAAAGGCCUUGUACACCAAGAAAGACGGUAUUUAUGCGGAGAUCAACAAGGUCAGAUCCGACUUUGAUGCUCAGCACAAGAAGUUUGUCGCUGACUUGGAGGCCGAGCGGAAGAGAAGAGAGGAGGAGGAGAAAAUCUACAACUUGACUUUGAAGAAGAAGAGCCUUGAGACUGAGAUCGAGACCUUGAAGGAGACCUCCAAAAGACCGGCCUACACCCACGAGAUCUCGUUGGUGGAGACUUUGCUGGCCCAUUUCGACCCUAGUUACGUGAGAGCCGAGAAGGAGCCACUGGAGGAGUCGAAGGUUGCAACCAACAGCGGAACGACCCGUAAGAUUGAGAUGCCAGAGAAUGCUGUCAUCAUCAAGAAGGAGCAGGAGAACUUCUUCAGCGGAACCAAUGCCAAGAAGGGCAAGAAGAGCCAGGGUAAGAAGCAAUCGUCCAAAUUUGUGAUCGACCCUGAUGUCAUUGUCCAGCUGUCUGAGCUUUCUGUUGCUCUGCCAACGAAAGCUGAGGAGGUCCCAACGACUAUUGAGAGUCUGAAGGCCAAGCUGGAGGGCUUCAAGUCCAAGCAGGACGACAAGACCAAAGAAAACGUGGCCAAGGCCGAGGAGAAGGCAGCUAAGUUGGAGGCAGAAAUUGCCAAGAUUGAUGCCGAGAUCGAGGAGGAGGCUAGAACCAAGGUGGUCAAGGCUGAGGCUGAAACUAAUUAA